AUGCCACAGACUCUUAAUAAUGAAAAUGAUUAUAGAAUUACAAGAUCAAAAGGAACUCAUACAACAUCAUCCUCCCAACAUCAGAAACAAGAUCAUCACCUCAUACAUCCUCAAGAUCAACUGAUUCCUCCCAAUGAUGAAAGUGUAACAACUACCCGUCAAUAUCUUGGUGAUGUGUCAAAUCAAUUUGGGGCAUCAGCAACCGCAAAAUCAUAUAAACCAAAUCUUUCUGCUGCCGGUAUCAAGAGAAUCCCAUUUGGUGGUGAUGUUGCCCCAUUACAACAACAACAAAAACCUUUAAGACCAACCUCAAACACCAUCAAAUCAGGUUCAAAUCCAUCAUCAUAUAAAUCAGAAGUACCCUCCAUCAAAGAACUUGCUGAAGAUAAUAAUAAUAAUAAUAAUAAUAUCAAUACUACCGAUUCAAAAGAAAAUCAACAAAUUCAUAAUACUUUAUCAUCUGUUCCAAGACUACCACAGAAACGCCAGGCAACAGAAUCAUCUACUAAUUUAGUAGAGAAAUUGCAUACCCAAACUAAUGAACCUCAACCUUCAUCAACUAAUCAAGGAUCUUAUAAAAAGGCUAGACUCAUCGAUUAUGAAUGGCAAGACUUAGAUGAAGAAGAUGCCGAUGAUCCUUUAAUGGCAAGUGAAUAUGUUAAUGAUAUCUUUACUUAUUUUUAUGAAUUAGAACAAAGAAUGUUACCUGAUUCAGAAUAUUUAUUCAAACAAAGGCAUUUAAAACCAAAAAUGAGAUCUAUUUUAGUAGAUUGGUUGGUUGAAAUGCACUUAAAAUUCAGAUUAUUACCCGAAAGUUUGUUCUUAGCUAUUAAUAUAAUGGAUAGAUUCAUGUCUUUAGAAGUGGUUCAAAUUGAUAAAUUACAAUUAUUAGCUACUGGUUCAUUAUUUAUUGCUGCUAAAUAUGAAGAAGUGUUUUCUCCAUCAGUUAAGAAUUAUGCUUAUUUUACUGAUGGAUCUUAUACUGAAGAAGAAAUCUUACAAGCUGAAAAAUAUAUCCUUACCAUAUUAAGUUUUGAUCUUAAUUAUCCAAAUCCAAUGAAUUUCUUAAGAAGAAUUUCAAAAGCUGAUGAAUAUGAUGUUCAAAGUAGAACUUUAGGAAAAUAUUUAUUAGAAGUAACUGCUAUCGAUCAUAAAUUUAUUGGUUUCAGACCUUCAUUAUGUUGUGCAUCUGCUAUGUAUUUAUCAAGAUUAAUCCUUGGUAAAACUCCAAUCUGGAACGGUAAUCUCAUUCGUUAUUCCGGAGGAUAUAGAGUUAAUGAUAUGAAAGUAUGCAUAGAACUUAUUUUCCAAUACUUGAUCUCUCCAGUAGAGCAUGAUGAAUUCUUUAAGAAAUACGCUACAAGGAAAUUCAUGAAAGCAAGUAUUUUAUGCAGAAGUUGGGCAAAGAAAUUUAAUUCAGAAGGAAAAGAUUUAUUUGAUGAGAGUUUAUCAACUCAUAGAAUAGACUUUGAAUAG